AGCGCGGGACACACCUCAGAAGAAGCCUCGUUUCUGGAGGGAGAAGAGAAAAGUCCUCCUGUGGAGCAAUAAGUGUGUCGCAGGCUGAUCUCCCACAGAAUGACGGACAAGUCCAGAUCUUGAAGCAGAAUAUCCGCAGAGCCAACUCUAAAAGAUGCCUGAAAUGGAUCAUGCCUGGGUCUCGAGGGAGGAAAACCUGAUUCCAGCUGGCAACUGUUUCUCAUAAACUUCAUGAACCUGUGUCAUAGAAGUGGAUUCCGUCCCCUGGGUGGUUCUGGUACCUCGUGACGUCACACGCUCCCAUCAUCCAUGAAUCCGAAAAACAUGGCGGCUGCCAUGGAGCUGAGAUGCUGGGGAGGAGACUGGGGUUUGCCUUCUGUCCACACCGAGUCCCUCGUGGUUCUGGCAUACGCCAAAUUUUCCGGGGCCAAAGUCACAGUUUCUCCUAUAGACUGGACAUGGAAAACUCUAACAGCAACAGUCCCAGAGCUGCUGUGUGGAGACUCCACAUUGCAAGAACCGACGCAGAUACUUAACUUCCUGAGGAAACAGAGGUUUAAUGCAGACUAUGAGCUGACAGCCAGACAGGGAGCAGACACAAUGGCCUACAUAGCCCUGCUUGAAGAGAAACUGCGACCAGCUCUGCUUCACACUUUCUGGGUGGAUGCAGAAAACUACGCCAAUCUGACGCGACCAUGGUUUGCCUCACGCUCGCCGUUCCCUCUAAACUUUCUUGUCCCAUGUUGCCAUGCCAACACUGCCCUCUCCCGCAUCCUGCUAACCAAAGGAGAGGCGCCUCUACACAGAAUCGCAGAGGUGGAGGGAAAGAUCUACAGUGAUGCUAAAGAGUGCCUGAACCUCCUCUCCUACAGACUGGGAGCAGCAAACUACUUCUUUGGCGACUUGCCGACCAGUCUGGAUGCCUUUGUAUUUGGGUUCGUGGCUCCACUUCGUAAAGCCAAUCUUCCCAGCAGCCCUCUGCAGAGCCACCUCAGCCAGCUGGAAAACCUCACACGCUUCUGUGACACCAUCCUUGCGGUGUACUUCAGCUCUGACCACCCUUGUCCUCUCCCACCUGUUCAGGAAACAAUGGAUGCAAACCUGCAGAAACUAACUCAGCUUGUAAACAAAGAGUCCAACUUAAUAGAAAAGAUGGAUGAUAACCUUCGCAGCAGCCCUCAGCACAAACCCCACAGACCGGAGCCCAAACCCAGUCUGGUCACUGAGAAGAACUCUACCCCUGCCUGACCCUUGACCUUGCAACCACGUUACAGCCUUUUCGAAUCGAGGAGGACCCCCCCUGCCCCACCGCAGAUAAAAGGUGCUGCUCUGAAUCUGACUCAGUGCCCUGAAUUAAAAAAAAAUGUUCUAGAGCUGAACUGCAGCUCGAACGGAAAAUAACUUAAUAAUUAAUGGAAGCAUGACUAUAUAAUUAUACACAGACUUUUUGUACUGCAAGAUAAUGAUGAUAGAUUUCAAAGAUGUUCGUCUGAACGAGAAGGAAAAGUGCUUGUGUGAGGUCGUUAAAAAGGUUGAACGCAUGUAUGUGGUAAAGAUGGAAUGCUCUGAAGUGGUGCUCAAUGAGAAAGACACGGAAAGUUCAAAGAGAGAAACCUUCCGUUGGUGGAUUGUAGAGAACUCUAGGAUCUUGAAAUGUCUUGGUUAAAUAUGAAGUUAAAGAGACCCUGGCCACUAAAGUAGGACAGUGUGGGACUAGAGCAUCUUAUGGCAAGAUUAGUUUAAGUCAUCUCAUGUUACUCCUGCGUCGUUUUAUCGUGGAGGAUCUCCGAUCCUUUAGCACCCUUAUCACAACACAUUAAUCAGAAUAUCCAUGCUCUGCACUGUAAAUUCUAACAGCGUCUGAAUUAGGUAAUGUACAGUAUGUAUGGAGUCAUGACUUUAGGAAUAACCAAUUACUUGUAUAUUUGUAAAUAGUUUCAUGCUCGAAAUCGUGCAAUUUCCCUGCAGUGUCCUCUAAUAGAGCCGAUCAGCUUGUUCGCAAUCUUUUCUUGGAUACACUGAGGUGACGGAAAGGCCUUUCAUACUGUAUCAACAUAUUAAUGCAAAAUAUUUGGGACUCGUGUUAAUGUGUGUGUGUUUGGGAGUUUUCCAGAGGACCAUUAGAAUCCACUGUGUCUUUCAAUUCUUUUUUAAUCUUUCACAAUUCUGUCGUUGCCAUGAGUUUUUCAAGACCAACUUUUAUUUUGGUUAGAUUUUUUUUCUUUUUCUGCUUUGUUAUCAUUUCCUGUUGCUGUUUUAACUGUCAUUCUGUUGUAACCGAAGUGUCCGUCCCGCUCGGGGAAGAUCUCGUUAGCUGCCUUCUGUUUUCCUUUAUCAUAAGUCUGAGUAUAGAAAUUGGACUGUGAAAUGAGUUGCCUCUGUUUUCUUUUACUGUUAUUUUCCCGAAUAUCCUCACAGCUGGUAUCAUUUCUGAACUGAGGAGACUGCUCGCUGGGAUUUCUUUCAUCUGAUCUGUGUCCCAGUUUUAAAAUAUUAAUACUCAUCAAGAUACUUGGCUUUUGCAACCUUCCAAAAAACAUCCACAGGUACCAAAAAGCGUCUACUUCGGGAGCAGUGUGCCUUCAUGACUGCUGGUGUCAAAAUGUACAUGUGUCCUUCACAGAUUUGAUAUAUUGUAAUAAAUUAUCUUUUUUUUUUUUUCAGUUGCUGCUGUUCAUAAUCUGUCCAUAAACUGUCUUCAUAUCACUGAAAUACAAAUCUAAUAUAAACUGAUCUUUGUAGUGCA